AUGAACGCAUCUACCAUCUCUACACUAGCUAUACCCUCACCACUGAGUCUCUGGACGACCGCACGGUCGUUUGGCGCACUCAAUCUCGUUGGGUCAUUUGCUGCACUGUGGGCUUUCGUCAAAGUCCUAGGGGUGCUUCGCUGGCGAUUCAAGACGACUCAACUCCGGGGUCCGCCUAGUACCAGCUUGGUAUACGGCGUUUCGCGUGACCUCAGCACAUCUCCUGAUAGCGGUACAAUGUAUGAACAUUGGGCGGAGGAAUAUGGGGUAGCGUAUAUGAUUCCGAGCGUCCUCGGACAAACUAAAAUCAUACUGUGUGACCCGAGAGCUAUAGCACAUUUUUUUGCCCGAGAGACAUGGACCUAUGUGAAAACGCCCCUUGCGUUGGCACUUACAGAGGUAUCGAUCGGCAAAGGGCUACUAUGGUCUGACGGUGAAAUGCACAAAAGGCAGCGGAAGGCCCUUACGCCAGCUUUCAGCAAUGCAGCCAUUCGGAAACUCACAUCAGUGUUCUAUGACUCAGCAUACAAGGCCAAAGGUGCAUGGGACACCAUUAUAGAAUCGAGCAAAGACGGCAAUGCUGUCAUUGAAGUUCAAAACUGGAUGAAUCAUGUAUCUCUGGAUAUCAUUGGCAUCGCUGGUUUCUCACAUGAUUUUGGCUCGCUCGAUGGAAAGCACACUAGCGUGACCGAGGCGUUUGAUACUUUCGGAAACAACCCACAGGCCUCAGCAGUUAACCAAGUUUUUAUCCUGCUCGCAUCAGUGUUUCCUAUCAUUACCAAGAUCCCCACUAAGCGGACGGAGCUGUUCUUGACACUCAGUAAAACCAUAGGAGAAAUAUCGAACGAGUUGUUGAUUCGCAGUCGCCGGGAAAAGGAUAUGAUCAUGAGUGAGAAAGACGAGGAGAAGUCCAUCAUUGGAUUGUUGCUCAAAUCUGAAAGUGAUGAUGCCGAGCUUCAUAUGUCCCAAGAGGAAGUAAUGGCUCAGAUGAAGGUCUUGCUUCUCGCGGGUUAUGAGACGACAUCCAUCAGUCUUACAGCCAAUCUCCCAUACUUGGACGCAGUUGUCCAUGAAAUUCUACGACUCCAUCCUGCGGUACCCGAGUAUGCUCGUCUUGCAGCUGAAGACGACGUUAUUCCCUUGAGCGAACCUGUGCGCACCGCGUCCGGGAAAAUGACGGACAGUCUAUCUAUAGCGAAGGGGACACUUUUUACGAUAUCAGUUGCAUCGAUCAAUCGCUCUUUGGCCAUCUGGGGACCUGACGCAAAGGAAUUCAAGCCUGAACGUUGGCUGGCUGAAGAGGGCAUCGGCGGGAAGGCCAAGGACGUCCAAGGUCACAGGCAUCUGCUGACAUUUGUUGACGGCCCAAGGACGUGUCUUGGAAAAGAUUUUGCAGUUGCGGAAUUAAAGGCGGUUUUGUUGGUUCUGGUGAAGAGCUUCGUGUUUGAGAUGCGGGAUGGACCGGAUACGAAGGUUGAGCUUGGGAGGGGGAUUUUACCUCGUCCGCGGGUUGUCGGAGAGAAUGGUAUUGGAGUACCUUUGAAAGUUCGUCUGUAUGAAUGA